GGAGCAGAAAACUUGAGUUACGAGUUACGUUCACUAAAACACAGCAACACAGCGCACAGCAACAGCACCUUAGAUUAGUUUGAGCAAAUAAAACUUUACCAUGGAGAAGAGGACUUUUGUCUCAGCCGUGUUUUGUCUCGUGUGGUCAGCUGUUGCUGCCAUCCAGGUUGACAUCCCCCAGGAUCAGUAUGAGUUCGCCAGAGGAGACAACAUCACACUGCCCUGCACAUUUAAAAGCGCUCUCAGCAAUCCAAUACUGGCCGUUGUCACAUGGUCUAUUGUUGGUGAAAAUGUGAUAAUCACCCACUAUCAUCCCAAUGGAGUCACAGAAAUUAAACCAGAGUACGAGGGUCGGGUGUCUGUGGAAGCAAACAUUAAUGGUGGUACUGGGAAAGCUGACCUUAAGCCGUCCUCCAUCACAACGGCAGACAACAAAAAAUAUGAGUGUCAAGUCCAGAACCCCAAGGAUAAUGUAGGCAAAGAUGCUGACACAACAACAUUGACUGUUCUAGUGGCUCCAUCUAAACCCAUCUGCAAGAUUGAGGGUACAGCAUCGUACGGCCAAAACGUCAGCCUCACCUGUGUUUCUGAGGAAGGGUCUCCUCCUCCAACAUACAAGUGGAACAGAUAUGAUGUCCAAAACAAUUCUGGUGCUUUCCCCCCCAAAACCACUGAAAAGGAAGGCACCCUGUUUCUGUACAACCUCACCACAGAGACCUCCGGUUUCUACAUCUGCACCUCAGCCAACAAGAUUCACUCAACUUCCUGCAACCUCACAGUCACAGUUUUGCCACCAUCCAUGAUGAACAUCGGUUCAACCGCAGGAAUCAUUAGAGGAGCCGUUGCAGCUUUGAUCUUACUGAUCGUUAUUAUCUAUUGCUGUUGCUGCCGAAAGAAGGACAACGACAAGGAGAAUUAUGCCAUGGCACCAUUAUAAAUGCAUUUUUUCCCACCCUUUAGCUCUAAACAAAACCCAAGACCUUUAAAUUGUCACAGAACUCAGUUUAACAGAUCCAUGAAUUAGUUUUGUUUUCAUACAACAGAAAAAAUUUUAUAUUUCUGGUAUUUGUAAAAUCAAAUUUGUGUUAUCUCUUGACUUGGGGAUUUCAAUUGGUGUUAUGGGGCUCUGGUCCUAAUGCAAACAGGCUCAUGCUCACAGUGAUCAUAUAUUGUCUAUCAAUAUAUGAUCACAGUGAUCAUAUAUUUGUCCAGCUCUUCUCCAAACCUCUCCCACCCCUGACUGUUCUGCAGAUCAGGCUGAAGUAUUUCCCACCAGACCCUAAAGCAGUUCUUUAUU